AUGCUUGGGGUCAAAACGGCAGCAUACAAGGGCCAAAAAAUCGCAACACUUGACUUUUUUCUACUAGUGCUGCAUCACGGUUCAGUACUGAGGCGUUUCAUUAUUACUGUCAUUGUGGAGGAAAUCUCAAAAUCGAUAUGGAAGACUGUACCUUGGCGCAUGCUUUUCGCUAACGAUAACGUUUUGGUUGCAGGAACUAAGGAGGAGGCUAGUAGUGAAUUGGAAGAGUUGAAGGCAAUCUUAGAGAGUAGAGGGUUGCGCAUAAGCUGUACGAAGACAGAAUAUUUGCGAUGUAACUUUAGUGGGACUGAAUGGAUAGGUGAGCCACAAGUGACCAUAGGGGGAGAAGUUGUUGCAUGUACGUCAAAGUUCAAAUAUUUGGGAUCGGUACUGCAGAGUGAUAGGGAGAUUGGCGUAGAUGUUGCUCAUCGUAUACAAGCGGGUUUGCUUAAGUGGCGAGCAGCAACUGAAGUUCUUUGUAAUAUAAAGUUGGAAAUAUACCAUGAAUAA